AUGCCCUCCAGCCUCAGCAUGGAUGCCGAGUUCUGCAGUCAGUCCUCACAGCCCUUCCGAUGGAGCGACGACGCCAAGGAAUCAGACGAAGAUAUGCUUACAACACCCGACACAUCUGGACCAGGCACACCAGCAACCGCACAUACACGCAGCCCGACUCCACUCGUCGUGGCUUACUGCGGCACUGAACCGAGACAAGUCGCAAUCACAUCAGGCGUAAGAUCUUGGACUAAACAUCAGGCAUACGGUGCCAGCGACGCACUCAUCAAGUAUGCUACAUCUUCGCCUCUACUACCACAACAAAUUGCCGAGAUGGUCUCAAACCUAAGCGUCAUUGCUCGUGUCUCGCUCAAAGCUGCCGCAUUUUUCAUCGAGAUCAUCCUGGAGGCUGUCAAGAACAGCACAGGAAUAACUCUCGGCAUCACUCGGCGUGCGCUCAUCAGUGCUGUCGGUACUGCUCGAGCUGUACAUUCGCUGGCUACUGGCGAAAUAUGGGACGCCAAAGCUACAGGGAGGUCACUACAAGCCCUCACACCAAGCUUCCUCAGCAUCCUCGACAAAUACACAGCUGUCGGCAUCUACCUCAUCCACCACACUUUCACUCUAACUGAGCUCUUUGCCAUGGGCACCUUCUCACUCGUCGGCACAACCUUGACUGCGGGACUUGCGGCUGCGGACGAGUCAGUCCGCACCAUCGACGGCAUCUUUGGAUCCAACGAGACAUCCCGUGCCCUCGCUUCCUUCAUCACCCUUGUUCGCGGAGAAGUUAACAACGACUCUCGCUUCGCCAACGACAGCACCGUCUCGAUCCUCAACAAGCUCACCAAGGCUGUCACUGCAUUCGCCGUCUUGCAGAAUUCGACGUACAAGCGCAGCGCAAAGAGUAUGAAGAUGUGCGUCAUCUAUGACUGCACAGUGCUCGGUGAAGUGGAAGCAAAGAGCUGGCGAUCUCUAAUGGUGGGUUCGGGUAACUUUGUACGCACUCGACCGGAUGCGUUGCUCGCAUCGACCGCCGAAGAGCUUGAGACACUUUCGUUGCGUUCGCCACCUCGCGGAACAGCGUCAUUGCUUUCAUCCGAUCUCUACAUGCAUUCAUCCCAAAGCGGCGCCAGUUUUCCCUCGUCCAGAUCGAGAGGCUUUCUGGGCGAUGGGCUCUGUCUCACUGAUGUCAAUCCAGCAACAUCACAUAGAAACGUAUGGCAGUCGAAUCGGGCGCAUCCCAACGCCGACGACUCCGGCGUUGAAGCAGAUGUUGCUGACGAUGCCUCCCUCAUUGCCGACCUCAACUUCCUCGUAGGCGCUGAUGAUGGCGACGCGUCUAUUGACUCUAACCUAACGGACGAACAGCUGCCAGCGCAUCUGCGCCAACAACUGCAAGCCUACACUGAUGAUCAGCUUCGUGAUGGCGUAGUGUUGCAGGACGAGUCGGAUGAAACACCGAAGCAGCACUUCAGACGCAUCCGAAAAACCAACAGAGCAAACGAUAACAGAGAGACGGUCUAUGAGAUCACAACCGAGAUCCUUGAGACAGUUGAGACGGUCACCACUGUCGAAGAGACACAUGCUACGAGAGGUGGUGAUAUCCAUCACGUCGAUGCUUCGGCACUCGAAGCCUUGUCACCACUUCACGGGACCGCUGCUUUGCCAAGUCCAGGCUCAUUUCGCUGUGAUGUUACAAGCUCGAAAAGCGGCACAGAAACAAGGUCCAUCUUCAACGGCGGCAGAGAGACGAAGCUCGAGGAAGAUGAGGAAUGGUGUGAGAUCCGCACCACCAAUACACAACACGAAGGAAAGGAAAUACAAGCACAGAACGGUGGUCCUACCGAGUCGGACAAAGCCGCGUCAAUGGCGGUAGUGAUUCCUGAAGCACCGAAUGGCAACAGUAUGCAUGGAAAGGGCAAAGGUGAGGGCUCGUCAAAGAUGCCGGUUGUGCUCAAGACGAUGACGAAGAAGCUCAUCCAGAAGCGUAAGACCAUCAGGAGGAUCGAGGUGGACGAUACGCAUGGUGACAUGGACCCUGCCAUGGCUUCAAACGUGGCGUCCUCGAGUGGUUUCUUUGGGCGAUCACGUAGUCCUGAUCCAUCCCGAAUCUCUGCCGUCGCACUUGUCAGUCCCGUCCUCUCGUCUAUUACCGCUUCAGUGAGCAGAUCGACCAGAGGAAAGGACGACGAUCGAGCACAAACAAGUCGCUCUCGUCAGGCCUCUUCGCAAGGCAAAGGUACAGAUCUUGGUCUGGGACUCAACAAAGUGCUAAAGCGUGCCAAGCAUCCUUUCAAGACGCACCAGCAAGAAGGAGUUUCGGCACAUCCGAAGCUCGAACCCUCGCCAAAGAUUCCCACACCACCAAGCAUCGCUGUCGACUCACCGUCCCGAACGAGUGUGCCACGCCAAACAGCUCCUUCAAUCACACCCUCACAGCUAUCGUCUCCUAGCAAAAGCAAAAGGGGAACUGAUCAGACUUUCGGAACUGAGUCAAAGGUAUCGAAACGAGGUGUGGCUGGAACAAGCGCUCGUGCUGUGAUGAAAGAGCUACUUUCGAUUCCACAGCGUGGUGCGUCCCAAAUGUCAUUGUGCCCGGCCGAAUCGAUGAAAGCCUCAGUCACCCCUGCCACUCCGCAAGGGUCGUUGCGGGAGGGAAAACGACGCAGCAGAGCACCCUCCAUCACCUCGAUUCGCUCCUUUACUUCAAGAUCGCACAUCUCAAGCGUCUCUGCAGCAGCCAACUUCGAGAAGGGCAAACAUGGUUACGAUCCAUCAGCAUUCCCACAAGCGCACUUGGUGGAGAAUCUUCGUCGUUUCAUGCGCUACUCUUCUGCUGCUUACGGUCAGAACUUCAUGCGAAUCCUUGGCAUUGGAAGCCUGGACUACUUCUUCCCUGAUACCAGCAAGCAUCAUGCCAAUGUCUGGGCUUUUGCUCACCAUGUUGGCAUCCCAGUCGACUGCAUUUUGCUCAACAGCUUUUCCGAAGCUCAACCGCUGUUCACUGAGCAGAUGUCGCCUUUGGUCAACUAUGUUGCGGUGGAUGAUGCAGCAAAAGCGGUCGUGUUGACUUGUAGGGGUACAAUGGGGUUGAGUGAUAUUCUUACCGACCUGACGUGCGACUUUGAGACGAUCGCAGUGGAAGGUGGAAGGUCGAUUAAGCAUUACCAGGUGCAUUCGGGGAUGUUGGCGAGUACGAGGAGGUUGUGUAAUGAGAAUAGUACGGUUAUGCAGACGUUGAGGAUGGCGUUAGAGGAUCGCCCGGAUUAUGGGUUGGUGAUUACUGGGCAUUCGCUAGGUGGUGGUGUAGCUUCCUUGGCAGCGGUGGAGUUGAGUUGUCCAGCUGAUUUGUUCAAGCAACAAGCGUUGAGGAAGAGAGCUGAUACGGGACAGUAUGUGCAACAUCCACGGAUUUAUACGCCGUUUGUCACUUCGCUGGAUAGCGGGCUUCCGCCUGGAAGACCUAUUCAUGCCUAUGCGUAUGGUGUACCGGCUGUGGCGAGCCCGGAUCUUUCAGCGCACUGCAAGGGGCUGGUUACGAGUAUUAUACAUGGACAUGACUUUGUUCCGACCUUGUCGUUGGGAAUGGUUCGGGACUUUAAGAACAUCGCGCAUGCCCUUAGCGAGGAGAGUGACUCGGAUGUCGCACGCGAGAUCGUCACUCGGGUCCUUGGGACCUACCGUAAGCGAUCCGCCCUCCGCGCUACUCUUGGAUAUGCAAAUAAACAACCCAGUCAUCUGGCAUCACUAGAACCACCUCGACCACAAGAGAUUCCUCUCGCCGAACGCGAGAUCCAACUUACCCAGGAAGAACUUCUCAAAGGCAAAACACGCAAUCUCGCCACCGACUCCAACUACACCGAUCCAAAUCUUAAAGAAGACGAACUCGAUCCCUUCUCCUACUCCUCCGGUGGAGGUCACAUCCGGUCUUCCCCCUCAACACCACUCCCACAAGAAGCAGAUGGAGGAGAUUCAGAGUUGGCAGAUUGGCUCUGGUCGCUCAUCAAGACGAUUCGUGCCGAUAUGGAUUCAGCUAAGCUCUACCCUCCUGGUGAUGUCUACUGUAUCGAAAGUUUCCCUGUGUUUGUUACGCCACGGAUGCAAGCGGAUUCAAAAAUUGUCCAUGAAAGGGAAACGAAAGCGAAGGGAGAAGGGAAAGGGAAGCUUAGGGCAGAAGCUCAUAGAGUUAUACUCAGGUAUUGCCAAGAUGUGGAGAAGAGAUUUAGCGAGCCAGUGUUUGCGAAGAGCAUGAUGAGGGAUCAUAUUCCUACGAAUUACGAGCUGUGUAUGAGUUUGUUGUAUAAAAGUGUUAUUGAUAGUGGGGUGGGGGUGUAG